UGGAGCUUCACCCUGCUGGUGCACAUUUGUGCACACAAUUGGAAACAGUCAGGAGGAAGGGAAAGCCUUUGUGUGCUUUAAAAAGGAUGUUAGGAAAUGACAGUUUCGUGUGUACAUGGUGCUGAGGUACAACAUUAGGACCAACAAGAGGAGCAAGGACCAAGGUGAUGAUGACGCGGGUCUCCUGUAGAACUGGUCUGCACGUGUGUUUCCUCCUGCUGAUGGUGGGGAAACUCCAGGGUAAGGUAUCGGCACCGGAGCGUACCCAAGCCACCGUGGGGAAGCCGUUCACGUUAACCUGCGCCCUUUCGAGGGACAGAGGCGAAUCUGUGAGACAGGUGCGCUGGCUGGAUGUCCAGAACCAGACGCUGCUGAGCUACCAGCCGGGCAACAGGGACAGUGUGAGCGGCCAGCAGCACGUGGAGCUCACCCCGUCUUCCAAGGACACCUCGGCCGUCACCAUCCAGAGGGUGGGCUUCAGGGACGAAGGUUGCUACACUUGCAUCUUUGACAUGGUCCAUUCGGGUCCCAAGCAAGGACGCACCUGCCUGAUUGUCACCGCAUCAGUGACCGUACACGGCAACAAGACGGCCAUCAGCGGCAAGAAGGUGUCCCUCUCGUGCUCCUACGGUUUGCCCGAGAAGGUGCAGCAGGUCACCUGGAGGUACAACUCGGCGCAAGGAGGCCGCUCCUCAGACGUGGCCUCCUUCGCCAAGAGGAGCGACCCCAUGAUAGAGCCUCCUUACCAGGGGAGGGCGUGGCUCAGUGCCUCGCUGUCGGACAGCACGCUCACCAUCCAGCCCGUGGCCAUCCAGGACGAGGGCUGCUACACUUGCCUGUACGGCACGUAUGACGACGGGCCAAAAAGCUCCACCGUGUGCCUCUCCACAUUCGCGCUGCCCAAACCUCAGGUGAUCUACAAGAGCACGUCCUCGGGGCUCAUCGAGGCCAACUGCAGCGCCGUGUCGCGCCCCCCCGUGGAGAUCGUGUGGAAUGUGGAGCAAGACAACCGCACCAUGGGCCCGCCCGUCACCACGCUGCUCCCUCAGGACGACGGCACCACGCUGGUGGUCAGCACGCUCAGCCUGCAGUCGGGCCUGCUGAAGGACGUGUCUGUCAAAUGUCUGGUGCACCACCGAGGCCUGGAGGCCCCCAUCGCUGUCUCCAUGAACACCAAAAUUGGUACGGCCCUGGCCAUCCUCAUCUCAGUCACCACAGUAGCAGCCCUGUUGGUCCUGGCCCUCUGCUUCUGCCUCUGGAAGUGUUUCCUGCGUAAAGACGCUGACUGAUCAUUUCGCUUUGGACCAAAGCAUCUCCAUCACCGCGGCAUUGAGGGAAAACGCCUCCAGUGGAUGUCAAUCACGAUGCUAAAUAAGAUCAACAACACCGCGGCAUUGAGGGAAAACGCCUCCAGUGGAUGUCAAUCACGAUCCUGACAACGAUCAACAACUUUGUGACAUUCAUCUUGGCGUGUGUGUCCGACUCAUGUUUAACCACUCAAAGUGAAAGUGAAAGACAAAAUAAAUGUUCUGGUUUUACUAUCCUAUAUUAUCUUCUGUGUAUUUACAGAAUGCAGACAGCUUUUUCGGAAGCUUAUUACUAAUCUUUUUCUUAUUUGAUUUUGAAAGGUAUUAAGUCCUUUUAACAAAAUGCAAUGAAGUUAACACCAGCUCUUCCUUAUAUGAGCGUGCUCGGGUACAAGCUGUUAGCAGUAUGACCAAUCACAGCGGCGUGGGCGUGACUGGAGAUUUCCAUUUCCAUGCCACCGUUUUGAAAAUCCAAGGAAAUACAACUGGAAUAGGUGCCGAUUCUGGAAGAUCUAGAAAGCUUUCUGUGCAUGUUAUUGUGUGUAGCUGCUCUAAAAGAAGUCCACAACUACCUAUUUACUACACAUGAGAGGCCCAAUCACAUAGCACAGAUCAGUCACCUCAACUACUGCAAACACGCUAGUCAAAGAUCCUCUGUAUGACAGGAGCACUCGGCUGUUUUUAAAGAAGAUAAACAAAAAUGUAUAGUGAUAUUAAUAGUAUGCGCUGCCUCAUAGUCGCUAUUAAAGUAGGACAGAGCCACAUUUUAGGUAACCCAUCCAAACAAGGACAAAUAUAUGACAAAGUACAUUGUGACUGCAGUUGGAAGAAACGCAAUAACUAGAAUAAUGAAGUAUUUUUAAAAAUAAAUACAUAUUUUAUAAAUGUCCAGUGUUGUUUGUGCCAAGUAAAGUGAGUUGUAUUGAAAUAUAAAAAGCAAAUAGCCGUAGCCAGAUGCUUGCAUUCUUUCAUCCUGAGCCAGCAUGACGACUGAUGCUGUACGCUUAUUUUUUUUUCUCACAUAUUUCACAUUUUUCCCACCUUUUUCCGUAUUCGAUGCUGUGACAAGCUAAUAUUUAUUCUGCUUUUUGUCAGACGGUAAAGUUACAGUGAUUUAUAUUACAAAUAAAAAGUACUUUCUAAUAAACCGUAUGACUUGUCAGUGGUGUUGACAACAUUAGGGUUAGAGUGGUUAAAAUGAAAGUUGGGAUUCGGCUUCAGGCUAGCUUUAGCUGUCCGUUGUCAGGUAUGAUGACUCCUCCCUCAGUGAGACCGUUUCCUGCCCUUCCACACAUAAUUAGCAACAACAUAUUUAACACCUCGUACAUGAGAUCUGACAUAUUCAGUAUUCAUCCAACACUUCUCUAUGCAGUUGCUGGCCCGGUCCAUUCGCUGGGACACUGAGGGCACGAAUGGAACGCAUUAUGUACGCCUUUGUGAUGUCAAUGUGAUCCUGAUGUGUCCAUUUGUUUGCUUUGUCUUGAUCUAAUCUAAUCUAAUCUUUUGUUCUGCAGAAAAAAAGAUAGAAACAACCGAGGAGCUGAUAAUUGGUUCAUGUUGCAUAUUUCUUUUUUUCUGUCCACAAACAUAUUUUUUAACAAUAGCGCCUUCUGGUGUUACUUUAUGGUAUAAGAUAGAUACAUCACAA